UAACUUCGUACAAGUUUUCCACGACUUGGUUUAUCGAGGUAAAAUCCAGUCGACAGUCAAGGCAAUAGUGCAUAAAAUCGUUUUAUUAUUCGUUCUACCGACGAUAUGGCAACGGUGGGGGCUGGAACUGAGCGGUAACCGAACAUGCUACGUGCCUUCAGUUCAAAUCGCGAUAAACAAACUUGAAGAUCAACGCAAGUGAACGUUAGUUACGUUUCUUCUUUAUUUCCACUGUUAUGCAACUGAGAAGAAUUGUGAACAAUGUGUUAUUGGACGUAACUUAUCUAAAUCGUUGGUUGAAGAAAUAGUCCUCGUCGAAACAAUGGAAAGGGUCUUCAAAAUAAAGACUCGAUGCGAUAGGAAUCCACAGGAGCUUUAUCCAUCGGAAAGAAGAUACUCCGCAUCCAUAGUGCUAGGAUUAAGCGUUGUCUACCUAAUCCUCAUGUUGUUCUCCUUGCUAAUGGGAGUUCUAAUACUUCACAAAAUGACUAUGCACGAUCACAUUUUAAUGGAUUGCCAAUCCAAUUGUACGCAACAACCAAUCAACGAAACGGUCGGCGAGAUGCAAUCCGAAAACGUGACACAAAACGAUGAUACAAGACUGAUGAGGAAAGUGGAGAGAGACUGGAUGUUAACCGAAGACGACGACCAUUAUUUUGUCAAUGUGCCCGCAUUGGUUAGUGCCGUGUGCUUCAUGAUGUCUUUAGGAACAUUUAUGACCUUCUUUACGGGCAUAUUAGCCUGGAAGAGAUGGUAUGUGGAUCAUCACAUAUCGUUUUUCUUCAUCACAUCCAUAUUUUCCAUACUGACCUCGAGUGUUGCUCUGAUUGUCACAUUAAUAUCUUUCAAUUCUUCCCUCCACAAGCCACAUGCAUCUCCGUUAACUUUUAGCGUGGAACUAAAUAUAAUCAUAGCGUCAGUUAUUAUUUUAAUUUGGUCAAUACUGUCAAGUAACUUGGCUUAUAAAGGUAUGAAGAAUAACUAUCCUGACGAUAUGGUUAUUACCAAAGGUGGAGGUAAAGUUGAAGUUAAGACAGUGUUCAAGGGUAAUAUAAAAAAUGGCACGUUGCCUGUUGAUAUCUUAGAACAAAUUCCUAAAUCGAAGAAGUGGAAUUUAAAUAAAAAGGAAAAUGACAGUUUACCAAAAGCUGAGAGUAACUUUGAGUAUCAACAAAGAGUCAACAAUUUUAUAACUAGUUCAACGGAGGUCAGUGAAAAGGAGGUUGAUAUUAAAAAGUGAACAAGUAGAUUAUACAUUAAAUGUAUGUAUUUGUUUAAAUUGUAAAACAACGACUGUAUUAAUUUAGUUUUUAGUUACUUUGUUGUGAUAUUGUUAUUUUAAUAUUUUUGUACGACUAGUUAAGUUAUUUUUAUCUUAUUUAGAUUGCAUUAUGAAAUAUGUAAUUUUUGUUUCAAUAAAAUGUAUCAGUUA